GCUGGCAGCAGAUGUGACCGUAAUUGAAUGACAGCGAUAAGAUUCUUCACAAGCCAGAAUUGGUCACAUUCUCCCUAAUGAUUUAAUCAAGGCAAUCCUUAGGACGCAAUGACGGCAGGAGCUGGUGGACGCAGUGCGCUUUAAAAAAAAAAGGGAGAAAGAGAAAAAAAAGAACUUUCAGUGAACAUAUUAACUGAGGUAAUUGCCUCCUGUCACUGGAAGAAUGAGCACCUCCCCCAUCAGAUCUCGUGCCGCCAUCGAUAUCUUGGAGGAGCUGCAGCUUAUUGCGGCCCAGAACCUGGAGAAACUGGACAUUAAUAAGUAUUAUGAGGUUAUUAGGGAGCUGGGCAAGGGUACCUAUGGCAAGGUGGAUCUGGUUGUCCACAAGAUCAGAGGCACUAAGAUGGCUCUGAAAUUCUUGCGGAAGAAAACCACCAAGCUGAAGAGCUUUCUGAGGGAGUAUAGCAUCUCGCUCUACCUUUCUCCAUGCCCGUACAUCAUCAACAUGUACGGCAUUGCCUUUGAGACAGACGAGUAUUACAUCUUUGCUCAAGAGUAUGCAUUAGCUGGGGACCUCUUUGACAUCAUUCCCCCCCAGGUGGGGCUGCCAGAGUGUGUGGCGAAACGCUGUGUACACCAGGUGACCUUGGCACUGGACUACCUUCACUCCAAGAAGCUGGUACAUCGUGACAUCAAGCCCGAGAAUGUACUCAUCUUCGACCGGGAAUGCCGUAAGGUCAAGCUGUCAGACUUUGGGAUGACGCGUCGAGCUGGUUCACCAGUAAAGCGUGUGAGCGGUACCAUCCCUUACACCGCACCUGAGCUGUGUGAGCCAGGCCGCCACGAUGGUUUCUGUGUGGACUACAGCACAGAUGUGUGGGCCUUUGGAGUGCUUCUAUUUUGUAUGCUCACAGGCAACUUUCCAUGGGAGAAGGCGCUACCAUGCGACGCCUUUUUUGAGGAGUUUGCACGCUGGCAGCAGCAGCCAAAGAGGCGGGUUGGUGCAGUGCCAUCACAGUGGCGCCGCUUUACCAACGAGGCGCUGUGCAUGUUCCGGCACCUCCUGGCCAUCGAGAAGGAGCAACGCUGCUCUGUUAAUGAAGUGCUCAACUACUUCUGCCACUGCUGGAUGCUUGACACAGAAAAUGGCAACACAGCUACCUCACCCAGUGGUACUGCGCUCAAUGGGCACCUGGUUGAGCUCAGCUCUUCUUCCUCAGAGGAAGAUGAUCUGGUGGAGCGUCUAAAGCAGCAGAGCCUGUCACCUGUGUGCACUGUGGCCAACCCAGGCAUUGUCAUUGAACCGGUGGCACCGCCCUACUCCACAGUGUCUACCAUCAACUCACCUUCCUCUAAUAACACCUACGAGCGUGUCUCCCGUGACAGCAACGGUAAUGGAGGUCGUAUCCUUGUGACCACGUCCAUCGAGAUCUGUGUGUAGUGAGGCUCAAGAAGGUACCAGACUGUAUACAUACUCAAAAUACUGGGAACCAGUUGACAACCGUGAGGACUGAAAUCCUUAAACAAGGAGGAAAUGCUCCGUCUCUCAUGCUGAGUGUAGAACACGGUGAAAGCGUUCUACGGAGGCAGACUUGUCAAUUGUUCCUUAUGAUGAGUGUCUCUGAGGGAAUACUACAAGUCGAAAACAGUGAAGUUUUACUGAGUUGUGUAUCUCAGCAUUUCAGCCAUGUUAGUCCACAUGUAAUCAGUCCACCAUUAGCAACAGUGCACAUAUGGGGAAAUAAAACAAAAACAAACAGGUGUGAAAUUACCUGUACCAUCAUAUAGCAAUAUGUUAUGUUUCACAAAAAUAAAAAUCACAGUAACAACGGUCAGAGUUGUAAUGUCUGAGACUAACUGCAAAAAUGGAUAAUGUGAUAAUGUUCAUAAUGUGAUUUUUGGAAGUGGUACUUACUUGUGCUUGAAUGUCCAUUUGGUUAAUGGGUAAUUUCAAUUUAAAAAAAAAAAAAGUAGGGGUUAUUUGCAUUUAUUUAUUUUGGUCUUGUACUUCUGAUAUUUUGCUAUUUAUUUUAUACUGUAGCAGUAUAGAGCUGACAAUGCCCAGUUGCCAUCAUGAUGUGUUGCAUUGUUUAAAAAAAAAAAGUUCCACUAAACCAAAAUGUUAUCAGAACUUCCCUAAGGUGUUCUCGUAAUUUGAGUACAUGCAUGCCAUUUUCUGUGUCGUUUUAGUAUGGUGCAUUUUUGAGAGCUUCAAUUGGCCUUCUCACAGUGAGCGAGGCCUGGAUUGCUCGGAUGAUGUUACCAAUGUGAUCACAGUGCAUAUGGAUGCCUGUCACUAUUCUGAACACAGAGAAGGUUUGAUUUGUUCUAUUAAAAAAAAAAUAGGGCUGUGUUAGAACACAGAGCAUGCCAGUGAUUCAGAUGUGGUGAUACAGAAUCAUUUGUCCAUGGCUUGAGAAAGAGGACACUACUGUAAGUGUCAAGUGCAAGUGCAGAUGGACAAUGUUAAAUGAAUUCUUCUGACUUGAAGGUGUUUUAAGAAUUUCUCAGGUAUAUAUGGCUAUACUCAUUUUCACAAUAGCCGAGUUUAAGUCUAGUUAUUUAAAGGAAAGGAAGGACGUUUGUGAGUUCUUGCCACUGGCAUAUGUAACAGAGAACCUGCUAGCAGACAGGAUGUGCUGCAUUAACGGACAAACUCUGAAUUUUAUUCAAUAAUAUGGAACUUGAUUUGAUUGAGACUGUUAUUGAUUGCCACAUGUUAUUCAUUUGUGUCCAGAGCUAGUUAUGAAAAAUAAUUGGAUGUCACAUUUGAUGGUUUGUUUCAGCUCUCACUUUAAUUUCAAAUGAAGGUUUUUAAAACAAUAAAUAAAUGAUCUAAACCAAAAACAUCUUCAUAUGGGGUUCUCAUUAAGAUCUAACCCCACACAUCUGCUUUGUCAACGUUUUGACACAGAUUUUUAUAGCAUAGUUUUUAUUAUUUUGUUCACAUACAUGGGUGGGAUAUAAUUUUUUUUUAAAUGCUAAUUUUGAUAAAGGCAUGGUAGCAGAAGUGUUUUAAAGAAAUUGUUCGGAAAUUGGAGAAAGGAAUAACUGAUGAUAUGGCAUUUUUGAAAGGGUGUUUCUGAAAUUGCAUGGAUAUAAAACCUAUGUAAACAGGUCUUUUUAUCUGUGCAGCCUUUUUAGAUUUGUGAAAUUAAAUGUGUCGUGAUAUUUUACGGUAGCACAAAUGUGCACAAAUUGAUAUUAAUGGAAUUAAAAAUUAAAAGAAAAUGGGAAAACAAAUGUAGGGCUUCAUUUAUUCUCUCUGUGCU